AUGAAGAAAAUGAAAAUUGGACUUACCGUGAUUUCAAUUUUGUUGGCUGUUGUCAAAGCAUCAGAGGUUUUCAAGAUUUACAGAAGAAAGUCAGAAGGCGUCAGUGGAUCAGAAGGGGCAACCGAUUCAUUCAAGAUUCCUUUCUCUUUGUGUCAACUGAAUGCAAGUGACGCGGUAAACUGUAAAAAAUUCAAUGCCAGACCAGUAAGUUAUAAUUCCGAGAAGUGCUAUUGUUCAUGUCCUAGCGACAACAAUACUUUUAUAUUCACUGAUGGUCAAUGGACAUGUCUAAAGAACUCUGCUCUUCGUGUGUUGCUUGGUGAGUACGAGUGUUUGUUUUCUUUCAUGGCUACCAACAUGUGCAGCGGGACAAGAAAACAACGCUUUCAUUUAUAAAUAAGGGCUCAAUCUGCGUAAAUGGUUUUAAAACGGAAACAAAAGAGCUCAGUUUAAAUUAAUGUUUCAUUUCUAAAAUUUAGCUGUUUUGCUUUCCAAUACCUCGUUAAACACUUCCACGCUGCAGGAGAUAUUUGAAAUAUGCAAUAAAACAUCAAAUUUCGUACUGUAUAUCCAUAGCUUUUAAUUGCUGCUUGCUUCAACUUCCUAGAAGUUACGUCAAAGAGUCAACAGUUUAGACCACCUAGUGCAGUGUCAAAUGCUGAAACAAGGAAAACACAAAGCUCAAUUGGCCAUCAUUUAAAGACUAGUAAAACUUCGUGA